AUGUUUCUGCUUCAGUAUGUGGCGAAAAGGUUUGGGUGGUCUUGGGCCAAAGCUAGUCUACUCAUCGGGAUCAAGUAUGCAGUUAGCAUUGGUCUUACAGCCAUUGUGUUACCUACACUGAGCCAAGUGCUGUUGAAGACUGGCAUGGCACCACACAUCAAAGACUGGUGGAUUGUUCGAGUGAGCGCCAUGAUUGGUGUGCUUGGCGCGCUGGCAAUGGGCAUGGCUCCCACAGUAGAGCUGUUCAUUAGCGCCUUGAUCUUUACUGAGUUUGGCGGAGGCUUGCAAGUAGCACUACGCGGUCUUGUGACGGAGCUGGUGGACCAGUCGCAUAUCGCGCUGGUAAUGACGGUGCUAGGCAUGUUCAUGACCAUUAGCGAGAUGGUUGCCGGCCCUCUCAUGGCGCAGAUGUUCAAAGUGGGCAUGGACUGGGGAGGGUUGCACACUUCUAGUGACCUUGCUGCCAAUUGGUCGACACAUGGCAACUUGACCACCGGUUGA